AUGGGCAACUGCGUCACACCCACCCCGCGCGCCGACGUGCCCGCGCCGGGGGAGGGGCCAGCGACGGCCCCCGCCCACAAACGGCGCAUGCGUACGAGGACGGCCCUGCCGGGAGAGACCUACACCAAGAUGGCCACAGUUUCCCUUAGCUUCAACAUCGACUCCCCACGCUGGGACCAGAGCACCUUUGUGGGGCGCCUGAAGCACUUCCUCAACAUCACCGACCCUCGGACAGUGCUGGUGCCAGAGGAGGAGCUGGACCAGGCCAAGGCCCUGGUGGAGGGCUGCAGGGCCGGGCUGGUGCCACCAGGAAGCAGCCAGGAGCAGCUGCUCUAUGCCAAGAAGCUGUACGACUCAGCCUUCCACCCUGACAGCGGUGAGAAGAUGAACCUCAUUGGGAGGAUGUCCUUCCAGGUGCCGGGGGGCAUGGCCAUCACUGGCUGCAUGCUCCAGUUCUAUCGGACAGUGCCUGCCGUGGUUUUCUGGCAGUGGGUGAACCAGUCCUUCAAUGCCUUUGUCAACUACACCAACCGCAACGCUGCCUCCCCCAUCUCUCUGAGGCAAAUCGGGGUGGCUUAUGUCACGGCCACUGGUGCAGCCCUGGCCACCGCAGUGGGACUCAACCUCUACACCAAGCGAGCCCCACCCUUGCUGGCCCGCUGGGUCCCCUUUGCAGCUGUGGCUGCUGCCAACUGUGUCAAUAUCCCCAUGAUGCGGCAACAGGAAAUCAUCAACGGGAUCACAGUGACAGAUGAGAACAACAACGAGCUCGGCCGCUCCAGGAGGGCAGCAGUGAAGGGCAUCGCACAGGUUGUGCUCUCCAGGAUCACCAUGGCAGCACCAGGCAUGAUUAUUUUGCCCAUCAUCAUGGAGCGGCUGGAGAAAUUCACCUUCAUGCAGCGGAUCCGGGUUCUCCACGGGCCUUUGCAGGUGCUGCUCUGCGGGGGCUUCCUCCUGUUCAUGGUGCCAGCAGCCUGUGCCCUCUUCCCCCAGCGAUGCUCCCUUGCACUGGCUGACCUUGAGGUGGAGCUGCGUGACAGUAUCAUGGCCAAGCACGGGGACAAAGUGCCAUAUGUCUAUUUUAACAAAGGACUGUGAGUGGAGACUACCUCAGGAGCCAUCACACCCCUCUGGCCUCCUGCCACUACUAUUCCCACGUCCCCCGAGCAGGGUCAGAGGCACAGUCCAGCCCAGAUCUGUGCCCCCACCCAGCACCUUCUCUGCAGCCUUCUUCCACUGUAGAAUCAGGAUUUGACUCUGUGUCCAGCUUGCAGCACUCUGGCUCAUCCUGACCCAUGCCCAUCUGCUGCUGGCCAUGUCUCAGCCUUCUUGUGUCCCUCUUGCCCUGAGGGAUGCCUGUGCUUCCUGUGCCUUCCUGUGGCCCAGCCUGUCUGGGCCUCACUGGGUUUGGCCCCAUGAGGCAUGAGGCUCUCUCCCUUGGGGCUCAGAGAACAGUUCUACCUCCAAACGCAGAUAUCCUGCCAUUGUACCAGCAACCAAACUACAUUCCUGCCUUAAACCACCAUAGUAGCCUCUUCUCAAGAGAUGGAUCAUGUCUUGGCAGGUGUGAAGGGACCUGUUCUCUCUGCACCAUGAGAGUGACCAUUCCAAAGUCCAGAGAUCAAUGCUUGGACUAUGCAUUCCUUGCUCUCAGGUACAGGUUCUAUUGACUCUGUGUUUGCCACAAGCCAGGAAAUAAAUAGCUAGUUGUUUUUAGCUCUGAUUUCUUCAUUCCUCUGAGCACUGUCACCCUUGUCCUGCAUCUCUGGUCUCCACAGUAGAACCAUGAAACUGCAGCUUUAGGGGACAAUUGGCUCUGUGCCCCCUUUGACAUGGGGAAGAAGACAGAAAUCACAGAAUUGUUAGGGUUGGAAGGACCUCUGGAGGUCAUCUAUUCCAGCCCCCCCUGCUGAGGCAGGGUCAUUGGAGCAGGUUACACAGGAAUGUAUCCAGGUGAGUUUUGAGUAUUUCCAGAGAGGGAGACUCCACAACCUGCCUGGGCAGCCUGUUCCAGUGCUUUGCUAUCCUUAAUGUGUAAAGAAUUUCUUCCUCAUGUUGAGGUGGAACUUCUUGUGGUUUAGUUUAUGGCCAUUGUUCCUUGUCCUGUCGCUGGGCCCCACUGAAAAGAGCCUGGCACCCUGCCCUUGGCACCUGCCUUUGAGACAUUUAUAUGCAUAGAUGAGAUCCCUCUCAGUCUUCUCUUUUCUAGACUGAAUAGACCUGGCUCUCACAGUCUCUCCUCAUAAGAGAUGCUCCAAAUCCCUCAUCAUCUUUGUGGCCCUCCGUUGAACACUCUCCAGUAGCUUGUCUCUUUCUUGUCACAGAGCCGUCAAGGCAUUCACUCAGGCUCUGAAUUCACUCAGUGCUGAUGCACUGCAAACAGCAGAGGAAGGUUGAAAAAUAAAUGUGUUGAUUUUUAAAAACCA